CUGUUCCCAGUCUAGACGCGAGACUGUGCGAAAGAUAACAGCGCACAGUGAUUUCUGCAGGGUAUAUAUUUUACUGCAAAGAUGACAGCGUUAUCUCUACUCUUUAUGGCCGUGUUCAUCGCUUUAAUAACUGCAGAAUCAUCUGUUUAUUUCCGAGAGCAAUUUGAAGACGGUGACACCUGGAGGAGCCGAUGGGUGGAAUCCCAGCAUAAAUCAGACUACGGCAAGUUUGUGCUCUCUGCAGGCAAAUUUUAUGGUGAUGCUGAGAAAGAUAAGGGUCUUCAGACCAGUCAGGAUGCUCAUUUCUACGCGCUGUCAUCCCGCUUCGCUGAUUUCAGCAACAAGGAUCAGCCCCUCGUGAUCCAGUUCACUGUAAAACAUGAGCAGAGCAUUGACUGUGGUGGAGGCUACAUCAAACUUUUCCCAUCAGACCUCAAACAGGAAGAUAUGCAUGGAGACUCCACAUAUAAUAUCAUGUUUGGUCCUGACAUCUGUGGCCCUGGCACUAAGAAAGUACAUGUAAUCUUCAAUUACAAAGGCAAAAAUCAUUUGAUCAACAAAGACAUUAGAUGCAAGGAUGAUGAAUACACCCACUUAUACACGUUAAUUGUCAAUCCUGACAACACUUAUGAAGUCAAGAUUGAUAAUAAGAAGGCAGAGUCUGGAUCUUUGGAAGAAGACUGGGACUUCCUGCCUCCCAAAAAGAUCAAAGAUCCCGAAGCGAAAAAACCUGAGGACUGGGACGAGAGGGAGAAGAUCGACGACCCUGAUGACAAGAAACCAGAGGACUGGGACAAACCCGAGAACAUCCCUGAUCCUGAUGCCAAGAAGCCUGAUGACUGGGACGAUGAGAUGGAUGUGGAGUGGGAGCCGCCCAUGGUCACCAAUCCUGAAUACAAGGGUGAGUGGAAACCCCGCCAGAUUGACAAUCCUGCUUACAAGGGGAAAUGGGUGCACCUUGAGAUUGAUAACCCGGAGUACAUCGCUGACAACGAAAUCUAUAAAUACGAUAGCGUCGGAGUGAUUGGACUGGACCUGUGGCAGGUGAAGUCUGGCACAAUUUUUGACAGCUUCCUCAUUACCAACGACCCCAAGCUGGCAGAAGAGGUUGGCAAUGAGACUUGGGGUGCCACAAAGGAUGCUGAGAAGAAGAUGAAGGGAAGUCAAGAAGAAGAAGAAAGAAACAAGCAUGAGGAAGAGGAAAAGACAAGAAAGGAGGAGGCAAAGGAUAAAGAGGAAGAUAAAGAUAAGGAAGAGGAAGAAGAGGAGGAGGAGGAAGAGGACGAAGAAGAAGAGGAGGAGGAGGAGGAGGAGGAAGAAGAGGAAACCGACUCUAAACUCAAAGACGAGUUGUAGAUUUCAACAGGAACUUGUGACUAAUGGGAUAUAAUGCAGAGAACUGGACUAAUGCUGGACAUUCCUUUUUGUUGUGUGUAGGAUGAUUCCGGCAGGAUUUUUUUGUCCCGUUCCACUACUACAAACCUAUUUAUAGAUUAACUUUUUUCAUAAUUUUCAUUUGCAUGAUGUCAAGCAAAGUCCCAAGCAUUUUCAUUCAGGCAGGGUUGAAGGGAGCCAACAUAGUGUGAGAUAUGAUCCAUAAAAAUGUAACGCUCAUGUUUACAAAUGUCAGAUAUCCUUUUUGCUAAGCAAUUCUGUGACAUGAAACAUAACAGUCAUCAACUGGUAGCUACAAUACUCAGACACUAGAAUAAUUACCUCAAAAAAACAUUAACUUUAUCUAGUUUGUUGAUAAUGUGGAGCAGUUUUAAGGUACUGUUGCCACCAUUUUGUUUCAAUUUCACUUCUGUUACAGGAUAUACCGAGUUGUUUAGAUAGAUGCCAUCUCAUCUACAGCAUUUUGGCUUGACACAGUUUUGUGUGUGUAUGUUGGGUUUGCGAGAGAGUCCUCACUUUAUUGCAUGUUUCGUCUUAACUCAAACCUCAAAUUCAUAACCUCUUACUCGCUCUCAAUGUCAAUCUAUCAGUGACCAGGUUAAAAUCAUGGUUGUGUACUUUCCUAAACAGACUCUGGAUCUCACAAGCUGAUACAGUUUUGAUCUGGCCUUGGUCAGCAAGCAAAUUCUGAUACACCUGGUUUCCCAAAAAUUGAAAUGAAGAAUUGAAAUGAGAAAACUCUUGUGUGUGUUUGCUUUGGUUCUUUUCAGUAACUGAAUUACUGAUUGAUUUAAUUUGGCAAAUGUGGUAAUCAGGCCCUAAAUCUGUGGAGUGUGGAAAAAUGGAAAGCUUGUGAGAUUUCAAGGGUGUUACGAGGAAAGUUCCAUAGCUAUUCUAGUAACACUUCUGCUCUCCAACAGAGAUUUCACAGCCAUUGUGAAUAUUGCACUGCUAUACAGCGUCAAUCAGAUACUUCUCCCAGCAAAAUAGAUUGUGACCUUUUUUUUAAAGAUAUAUUUUGUACUUUUUGUGUUUGAAGGACAUUCCUUGACAUAUUGAGAAGAAAAGCUCUGGUAUCAAAGUUGCGGUCCAAUAAUAAAACUACAAAAAGAGUAAUGUUUUGACUAGUUUUUGAGAGCAUUAACUAAAUAAAUUAUUACCAGCACAUG